GCAGUAUCAUCGUCAGGUCAUGUAAUCUUUGUGUUCUAUCGGCUACAGACGAUCACAGUGUGUUUUAUUUCGAUCUUCGAGCAUGCGACUUACCGAAUUCGUUCCCCAAUUAUAUUCGGCUCAAGGUGAACAGGCUAAAAAUAGGAAUCCGGUGAAGUGGCAAACAUCUAGAGGCCGCUACAUGUGGUAAAGUGGAGUGAUUUUUUUGUUUUAGAUUAGGACUGGGCCUUUGGCCCCAGCGAUGUUCCCCACGAUGUUACGGGAUUCACAGACGCACCAUGAGUGCCUCAUGGAUAUAUAUAAUACGCUAAAUACGACGCCAACGGAGAACCUCAACCAUGACUAUCUACAACAACUAUUCCAGCGGCACAUCGAACGGAUGAAAUAUAAAGAACGGCUCAAUAAUGAAAUGGUGCACACAGAAAUCAAAAAAGAUGAAUGCCCCAUGUACGUCGAGGCGCAGGCAAAAUGGGUGGAGACAAUGAAGGAACGACUACAGGUUCUUAGCGACGUCCUUGAUUACCCAACAACUCGAGUACGGGAAAAUUCUGUUGAGAAGUACAGUAUCCUCGCACUGUGGGAUAAACACUGCGAACUUGAUAUCAACUCCAUAGGCCACUUUAUCUCAGCUGAAGAACUGCGACCUCUCAUCAAACCUUUGCAAAAACAGCGUCCGAGUCUCAACCUCAACGAAUUGCUCGAGUACUUUCAACCCCUUUUAGGUGCGGCGACAUCGGACGAAACCGAGGAACAGGUGUUAACGAGUUGCGAUCAUGGACGAGUUCGUAAACUGCUACAGACACGGGGAUGCAGUAACGAAAACAGACUGCGCUUAUGGAGUCUUGUUCUUGGACUCUCGAGCUCGGCGGACAACGAGAUUCGGUAUGAGUACGUACGUCGGCUGAUUUUUAACUAUGACUGUUUAAUGGAUAAAUUUUUAUUCAAAGACAUCCGCACCCGCGCCUCAAAUGAUGACCAGUUCUUCGUUUUCGAGGACGAGAUUUUCCAGAUUCUAUUGGCAUUUCAGCGGGAGACGCUUUCAGAUAAUCUUACUUCGUUGUCGUCUUCCAUGAUCCUGCCUUCCAUUGUACUUGCCGCCCCCUCAGCAUUAGUGGCUCCUGUAUGCUUCGUUACGUCGUCGAUCGCAGACGUGUUCCACAUCUUCAGUACACUCGCCAAGCGGUAUUUCACCUAUUUGACAAGGCUAACGUCGAAUACAAAUGGAAUCGUGAACAUUUUCCAUGUUUUCCACUCUAUUCUCUUAUUACUUAAGCCCAAACUCUUGGAAUAUUUACUGCCCAUUACUGUCGAAGAAGAAAUGCUGGAGGUGCUCUUAUGCGCCUUUGCAGGUCCCUUAGCGGCAGAUCAAGUGUUAGUUUUAUGGGACGCUAUGAUCGGUUUUGAUUCGACGCUCGUCCUCGCCCUUUUAGCUGUCGGCGUCGUAAUUACGCGUCAGAAGACACUUGAAGCGUGCGAGAAUCGUUCCCAGUUACGGGAGGCUCUGCAAAACCUACGUGAUAUUCAAGUAAUGCCAACGUUGAAAUUCGUGUUAGGCCAACUUGAGAUGAUAGGAAGCCCGUUGAAUGCAGUACUGCUCGAUUCCACUUAGUUUAAAGAUAAGAAAUUCUAAGAAAAAUCACCGGACUGCCUAGAUACAAUGUAAGCACAUAUCUAAUGUUAAGAGGAAGUAGCUCAAGGCCCCUAUUUUUAUCAACUAAUUGAAUGUCUCGCGAAUCGUAAGCGUCGCUGACGGCUUUUAGACAUAGACGUAAUUCAGAAUCAAUAGUUUUUCAUUAAGAUGAACCUGGUAUCGUCAUAAGUUCCGACUUUCAAUUAUUUUAUCCUUUCACAAUUCUUCUUACAAGUAUAGCCGUCUUGAGGGUAAUGGACAGUAUCUAAAGGCCCUGUAUGCUUACACACGAAUAUAGAAUAACAUAUAUACUGCGGUAUAUCAAUGGCAUACGCCGGAACAUUCUUUUCGCAUAAAUCAGCUUAGCUAUUCUUUUUGAGUGAACUAGAAAGUUUAGGCAAAGAUAAAGUUCUAACUGUUAUUUUUUUAGUGAUUUUGAUGUUUCUUACUUAAUAAUGCUUCAUUAGUAUUAUUUCAAACCUA